UGACAGCUCUGUUCUCCAUCCUCUUCUCUUCUUCUUCUUCUGUUGCUUUUCCUGCAUGAAAGUGAGCAUCAGACAGUGGAUGUGUUUUAUUUUUUAAGGAGUUUUUAAGGAUACUAUCCUUCAGCUAUGAGCUCCAGCCUCGUAAACUCUUUGGCCAAAGUCUAUGACCCUAAUCCUCUCCACGGUCAGAAGUCUGGUGGGAGGAAGCUCUCCCUUAGUGGAUCAGACAAGGUCCAUAUAUUUCCCUCAUCAUCUUCUUCUUCAUCUUCUCAUGAUGCUCUACGUUGCGUGGAGACCAGAAUGGACUCACUGAGCUCUCAGAUGGAGCGCCUGCUCAACAUGCAGCAGACUGUCCUGACCCGGCUGGAUGGUCUGUCCCAGGACGUCAGAGGAAUGGGUCGAGAUCUGGCUUUGAUGCGUGAGGGUCGUCGCAGCUCAGAGGUGGAGGUGGCGUGCAGGGAGCUCCGUGGGGCAGUGGAGAGGGCCAGCGAGCGUAUGGAGAGUCAGGGGCGAAGGCUGGAAGGGGUGGAGAGGCUGAUGGAGGGCACGCAGCAGGUGAUCAGCUUCAUUGGGGAGGUGGUGAAGAGCUCCAGACUGGUGGAGCUGCUGUUCAAACAACCUGCAAACAAAGGCAACAGGAAGGUUAAAGAUGACAAGGAUAAAUCGAAAGUGAGCCUGAAGGGACUGAAGACCCAGAAGAAGAGGAAGCCCCAGGACACAUCAGACUCCGCCUCCCUGACUGACCCUGUGCUACAGGAACAGGUGGAAAAGCUCAACAGACAGAAUACUGAGCAUUCCCGUGGAAACGCUGAGUCUGAGGGUCAGAUAGGGGAGGACCGGGUGGGAAGAGGGAGACCAGAGGCCACAGAGCUGAUCCUGGACGGACCUCGCGCCACUGCAGUCGACUCAGAAAAGACAGAGAAGAAAAAAACUGAAAAAGAGGAAGAAGAGGAUAAAGAUAUCUUUGAGGACUCUGAGCCGGAGGAAGAGGAGAAGAAACAAGAGAAAAAGAAAGGAGAGAGUGUGCCAGAGCCGGUUAGUGCAGUGGAGGAUGAUGGGAAGAAAAGGCAUAAAGGAGAGACAGAGGAGACGUCAACACAACAGAUCUGCACCACCUCUGUCCUACCACAGGAAAGCUCUGAGGAGGUCGGAGAUGUGGCCACUUGCAGCAAACGUCGCGUCACAGAAGAAGAUCUGGUGAAGGAUGACCUCAAAAAAAGUCGAGUGGGUGAGGCGAAAGUGGAAAGCACAGAGGAGGCAGAGCAGCAGGCCUCCAAACCAGAAGAAGUCAAAACAGGAGUAGAAGAGGAGGUGACGGAGGCAGAGUCGGCGGGAAAGGAAUUUGUUAUAGAUUCUAGCCCUCCUCCAUCAGCGCCUUUCGAGCACCGCAUUGUGACUCCGAAACCACAUCAGAUCGCCACUUAUUACACCAUCAACAGGGAUGAGGUACUUGGAGGGGGACGUUUUGGACAAGUCCACAAGUGCUUGGAGAAUUCAUCUGGUCUGACGUUGGCUGCCAAGAUCAUCAAAGCCAAGAGCCAGAAAGAGAAGGAUGUGGUGAGGAAUGAGAUCCAGGUGAUGAACCAGCUAAACCACGCCAACCUCAUCCAGCUGUACGCAGCCUUUGAGUCACGCCACGACAUCAUCCUCGUCAUGGAAUAUGUGGAGGGAGGAGAGCUGUUCGACCGUAUUAUUGAUGAAAACUAUAACCUGACGGAGCUGGACACAGUACUGUUCAUACGUCAGAUCUGUGAAGGGCUGCAGUACAUGCAUAAGAUGUACAUCCUGCAUCUUGACCUCAAGCCAGAGAACAUCCUUUGUGUCAGCAGAGCUACCAACAAAAUCAAAAUAAUCGACUUUGGCCUAGCAAGGAGGUAUAAACCCCGCGAGAAGCUGAGGGUCAACUUUGGAACACCUGAAUUUUUAGCUCCGGAGGUCAUCAACUAUGAGUUUGUGUCAUUCCCCACAGACAUGUGGAGCCUCGGCGUCAUCACAUACAUGCUGCUCAGCGGCUUGUCUCCUUUUCUGGGAGACGACGACAACGAGACGCUGAACAAUAUUCUGGCCUGUCAGUGGAACUUUGAGGAGGAGGAGUUUUCAGACAUCUCUGAAGAGGCCAAAGACUUCAUCACUCGUCUGUUGGUGAAGAGCAAGAGUUGGAGGAUGAGCGCGGCAGAGUCCCUCAAACACCCCUGGCUGUCGGAUCGGAGUCUGCACUACAAACUAAACCAGAAGAAAAACAAGUGUCACUCCACACAUGCUCCUUCAUCAGAGAGCUAGACAGAAACACUGUGAAGCCCUCAGCAUGCCUUCUGACAAUGUAGGGCCCUGGUGCCCAACACUGGACCAAUGCUGCUGUUCCUGUAUGGCUACUGGAAACUACUCUCUGCUUUGCAUUCUCCUGUUAGCUUAGAACUGCAUCUCGUAGCUGUGACCUGUAAGAGGAUAGUCAACGUGAGCCCGCUGACCAUCUUCUAGCGUGGUUACUGUCCUGUAGAGUGCAAAUGUCAGGCUAAACGAGUGAUAAGUGCGUAACAAAAGGCCCGUGUCAUUUCUAUGAAUGCCACAUUUACGUCUGCAAAGGCAAAGAAAAUAAAAGACAAGCAUCAGGUUUGCAUCAAACAAACACACCAGUUAUCAUGUUGUCCUGGUUUGUUGCAUGUGUUGCACUUUUUGGUCUAUUUCGGCACGAUUCAGCUAAAAACUAAAUAUAGACUGUAUGCUGUUAUUUAAACAUGAUAUGUUUUGUGAAUAAAACUUUCUUUAUUUCUUUCUUUCUUUUGAUUUACAAGUCUUAUAAAAAUGUGUUUCUUGCUCAAACAUAGGAAUAUGACAUAUGGUCAAAGUUGAAGUGCGAUACCAUUAAUUUAUUUUGUAUAUAACAACUGACAUGUACCCUCAUUCCCCUGAAAAAUAACUGGAAACCUCUUGGUUUGUGCCAUAAUUCACCCACAUUUCCGGUACUGUCUCUGUAGCCUGGAUUGCCUUCUGUGUGCCGCUAGCUUGCCUUUGCUUCGGCAGUUUGGAGUAGCCCUCUCACCUUCCAUGAAGGCAUAACGAACAACAGAAUACUACCUAUGAAUGAUUCAUGCUUAUGACUGGAGUGGAUUCUUAUGUUCAUUUAUUUACUGGUUCAACACCAGACUGUACUUGAAGCGCAAAGCUUUUACUCAAGGUGUUUCAGGGGAGACAGGAUUUCACAUAGUUAUGUGCAAACUUUGCAUGUAAAUGCUGAGUAUACAUUUAUGUGGAGACAAGAGAGCAGAGAAGAUAAAAGUCUGUGUAAUGUACGUUAGAAAUGGAAAAGCUUUGUGAGCGAAUAUUUGUUUAUUUUAAUUUCUGUUACUUUUUUUCAAGUUUUCUUGUGAAACGAUGAUGCACAAAUAACUGUAGAGUAUAAAUAAACACACUAGAAAACAUU